GCCUGGUGCAGGCUAGAUUUCAGCGGCUUAUCCGCGGGGAUAAACAAGGCGGAACGUCCCAGCGCCGAGCCGACCGCAUGCAACCGCUCUGUCAUGAGCACCGACAGUAACUCAUUAGCACGUGAAUUUCUGAUUGAUGUCAACCGACUUUGCAAUGCAGUGGUCCAGAGGGCGGAGUCCAGGGAGGAAGAAGAGGAGGAGACACACAUGGCAACCCUUGGACAGUACCUUGUCCAUGGGCGAGGAUUUCUGUUACUUACCAAGCUGAAUUCUAUCAUUGAUCAGGCCCUGACAUGCAGAGAAGAACUCCUGACUCUUCUCCUGUCGCUUCUUCCGCUGGUGUGGAAGAUACCUGUCCAGGAAAAGCAGGCAGCAGAUUUUAGUGGGCCAUUGUCAUCUGAUAUAAUCCUGACCAAAGAAAAGAACCCAAGCUUGCAAAGAUCUACUCAGGGAAAAUUAUAUUUAGAAGGAAGUACUCCAUCUGGUCAUGUUUCUGCAAAAGUCAACCUUUAUCAAAAAAGCAGACGACAGCGUAAAAGUACCCAUCGCUAUUCUGUAAGAGAUGCAAGAAAGACACAGCUCUCCACCUCUGACUCAGAAGGCAACUCAGACGAGAAAAGCAUAGUGGUGAGUAAGCACAGGAGGUCCCAUGUGCUGCCACACCUUGCAACACAGUCUCCUAAGGAAGACCACCCUCUAGCUAAACUCGACCCCUCUGCAACCAAAGAACAGGCCCUUCCCAACAUCAUGGCUUUGGAAAACUCGAGAGAGAUCAUUCCGAGACAGGAUUCAAACAGUGACAUUUUAAGUGAGCCAGCAGCCUUGUCUAUUCUCAGUAACAUGAGUAAUUCUCCCUUUGACUUGUGUCAUGUCCUAUUAUCUUUAUUGGAAAAAGUUUGCAAAUUUGACAUUGUUUUGAAUCAUAAUUCUUCCCUUGCAGCCAGUGUAGUGCCUACACUGACUGAAUUCCUAGCCAGCUUUGGGGACUGCUGUAACCAGAGGGACAGUGUGGCAAACCAAGUGGUUUCUACAGGUUGGACUGAAGAGCCGGUGGCUUUGGUUCAGAGGAUGCUCUUUCGAACUGUGCUGCAUCUUAUGUCAGUAGAUGUUAGCACUACAGAGGCAAUGCCAGAAAGUCUUAGAAAAAAUUUGACUGAAUUACUUAGGGCAGCUUUAAAAAUUAGAGCUUGCUUGGAAAAGCAGCCUGACCCUUUCGCACCAAGACAAAAGAAAACCCUACAGGAGGUCCAGGAGAGCUUUGUGUUUUCCAAGUUUCGUCAUAGAGCCCUUCUCCUCCCUGAGCUUCUGGAAGGAGUGCUACAGCUCCUGAUCUGUUGUCUUCAAAGUGCAGCUUCAAAUCCCUUCUACUUCAGUCAAGCCAUGGAUUUGGUUCAAGAAUUCAUCCAGCACCAAGGAUUCAAUCUGUUUGAAACAGCAGUUCUCCAGAUGGAAUGGCUGGUGUCAAGAGACGGCGUUCCUCCUGAGGCCACAGAGCAUUUGAAAGGCCUGAUAAAUAGUAUAAUGAAAAUUAUGAGCACUGUCAAAAAAGUGAAAUCAGAGCAACUUCAUCACUCCAUGUGUACGAGGAAAAGGCACAGGCGCUGUGAGUAUUCACACUUUAUGCAUCACCACCGAGAUCUCUCAGGUCUUCUGGUUUCGGCUUUUAAAAACCAGCUUUCCGGAAACCCUUUUGAAGAGACUGUGGAUGGAGGUGUGCAGUACCCCGAGCGGUGCUGUUGCAUUGCAGUGUGUGCUCACCAGUGCUUGCGCUUGCUGCAGCAGGCUUCCCUGAGUAACACCUGUGUCCAGAUCCUAUCAGGUGUUCACAGUGUUGGAAUCUGUUGCUGUAUGGAUCCCAAGUCUGUGAUUGUCCCUUUGCUCCAUGCUUUUAAAUUGCCAGUACUGAGAAAUUUCCAGCAGCACAUACUGAAUGUCCUUAGCAAACUUCUUUUGGAUCAGUUAGGAGGAGCAGAGAUACCACAGAGAAUCAGAAAAGCUGCUUGCAAUGUCUGCACGGUGGACUCUGACCAACUGGCCAAGUUAGAAGAGGCACUGCAGGGCAUGUCAUGUGAUGCUGGCUCUGCCUCGGGCUUGCCCAGUCCUUCUUACCGAUUUCGGGGGAUCCUUCCCAGCAGUGGGUCUGAAGACUUGUUGUGGAAAUGGGAUGCGUUAGAGGCUUAUCAGAACUUUGUCUUUCAAGAAGAUAGAUUAUAUAACAUACAGAUCGCAAAUCACAUUUGCAAUUUAAUCCAGAAAGGCAACGUAGUUGUUCAGUGGAAGUUGUAUAAUUACAUUUUUAAUCCUGUGCUUCACAGAGGAGUUGAAUUAGUGCAUCAUUGUCAACACCUAAGCAUUCCUUCAGCUCAGACUCACAAGUGUAGCCAACCAAAACAGUGUUUGCCUCAGGACGUGCUUCAGAUUUAUUUAAAGACCUUGCCUAACCUGCUUAAAUCCAGGGUAAUAAGAGAUUUAUUUUUAAGUUCUAAUGGAGUAAACCAAAUAAUUGAAUUAAAUUACUUAGACGGGAUUCGAAGUCAUUCUCUCAAAGCAUUUGAAACUCUGAUUGUCAGCCUGGGGGAACAGCAGAAGGAUGCUUUGGGCCCAGGUAUCGAUAGGCCAGACAUUGAGCAGGAGUUGCCGUCCUUAAGUGUGGCUUCUUCCCUUCCUAACCAGCAAGGUUCUUCAGAUUCUCCCCAGAGCCUCAGCAAAUUUUAUGCCAGUCUCAAAGAAGCUUAUCCAAAGAAAAGGAAGACCAUUCACCAGGAUGUUCAUAUCAACACCAUAAACCUCUUCCUCUGUGUGGCAUUUUUAUGUGUCAGUAAAGCAGAGUCUGAUAGGGAAUCAGCCAAUGAGUCAGAAGACACUUCUGGCUAUGACAGUACUGCCAGCGAGCCGUUAAGUCACAUGAUGCCACAUCUAUCUCUCGAGAGCCUUGUCUUGCCUCCCCCUGAACGUUUGCACCAAGCAGCAGAUGUUUGGUCCAUGUGUUGUUGGAUCUACAUGUUGAGCUCAGUCUUCCAAAAACAAUUCCACAGGCUUGAUGGUUUUCGAGUGUGCCAUAAAUUAAUGUUUAUGAUAAUUCAAAAACUGUGCAGGAGCCACAAAGAGGAGCAAGGAAAAAAACAGGGAGAAAUGAAUGUAAAUGAAAAUCAAGAGUUCAUUAGAACAUCUCAGCCUGAGAGGACACUGAAGGAAGAGUUAUCGGCUUUAACAGCAUCAGAACUGGGAAGUCUAAAAAGGAAUCUCAACAGCUUGAGUAAAUUAGAGCCACAGCAUAUUUCUUCCACAAAUAUGGGGCAGAGUUCUGCUACUGAAGCUGUUCCUGAGGAUGCAAAGGCCUUUAUGAGUCAAGAGAGCAAGACCUCCCUUCAGAGCAUACGCCUUUUAGAAGCCCUUCUAGCCAUUUGUCUUCAUAGCGCCAGAACCAGUCAGCAGAAGAUGGAAUUGGAGCUGACUAAUCAGAACUUGUCUGUGGAAAAUAUAUUGUGUGAAAUGAAGGACCAUCUUUCCCAGUCAAAGGUGACAGAAACAGAAUUAGCAAAGCCUUUAUUUGAUGCCCUGCUUCGAGUUGCUCUGGGGAGUCAUUCAGCAGAUUCAGAUCCUGGUGAUGCUAUAACUGAAAAGAGCCAUCAGCCUGAGGAGGAAUUGCUGUCUCAGCCUGGAGAUUUUUCAGAAGAAGCUGAGGAUUCUCAGUGUUGUAAUUUGAAACUUUUCGGUGAGGAAGAAGGUUAUGAAGCAGAUAGUGAGAGCAAUCCUGAGGAUGGUGAAACCCAGGAUGAUGGUGUAGAAUUAAAGCCUGGAGCAGAAGGUUUCAGAGCAUCAAUCGUUCCAAAUGACUUAUUUGAAAACCUUACUCAAGGGGAAAUAAUAUACCCUGAGAUUUGCAUGCUGGAAUUAAAUUUGCUUUCUGCUAGCAAAGCUAGACUUGAUGUGCUUGUUCAUGUAUUUGAGAGCUUUUUGAAAAUUGUCAAGCAGAAAGAAAAGAACAUUUUUCUUCUCAUGCAACAGGGAAUGGUGAAAAACCUUCUAGGAGGGUUCUUGAACAUUUUAACACAAACUGAUUCUGAUUUUCAAGCAUGCCAGAGAGUAUUGGUGGAUCUCUUGGUAUCUUUGAUGAGUUCAAGAACAUGUUCAGAAGAGCUAACCCUUCUUUUGAGAACAUUUCUGGAGAAAUCUCCUUGUACAGAAAUUCUUCUCCUUGGUGUUCUGAAAAUUGUUGAAAGUGAUGUUACUCUGAGCCCUUCACAGUACCUGACCUUCCCUUUGCUGCACACCCCGUUAAGCAGUGGUGUCUCAUCACAAAAGUGCCCUGGGGUUCUGAACAGUAAGGCCCUGGGCUUACUGAGAAGAGCAGGAAUUUCCCGUGGCAAGAAAGAGGCCGACAGAGAGCGUUUUCCGCAUCGGCUGCUUUCUUCUUGGCACGUAGCCCCCAUCCACCUGCCACUGCUGGGGCAGAACUGCUGGCCACACCUGUCGGAAGGCUUUAGUGUUUCACUGUGGUUUAAUGUGGAGUGUAUCCAUGAGUCCGAGAGUGCCGUGGAAAGAGGGAAGAAGAUGAAGAAAAGGAACAAACCAUCAGCUCUGCAAGACAGUGGUUUUGAAGGAGCAGGUACAACAACAGGGCCACCUGGUAACAGACCAGAAGGUAUAGAAUCCAUAAAUCCUGGCAACAGACUCAUGGAAGAUGGCUGCAUUCACUUGGUUUCACUUGGAUCCAAAGCAUUGAUGAUCCAAGUGUGGGCUGAUCCCCACAGUGGCACUUUUAUCUUUCGUCUGUGCAUGGAUUCAAAUGACGACAUGAAAGCUGCUUCAUUAGCACAGGUUGAAUCACAGGAGAAUAUUUUCCUCCCAAGCAAAUGGCAACACUUAGUACUUACUUACUUGCAGCAGCCUCAAGGGAAGAAGAAUGUCCAUGGCAAGAUUUCCAUAUGGGUGUCUGGGCAGAGGAAGCAGGAUGUCAUCUUAGAUUUUGUGCUUCCAAGAAAAACGAGCUUAUCAUCAGACAAUAAAACAUUUUGCAUGAUUGGCCAUUGUCUAACGUCCCAAGAAGAGUUUCUGCAAUUGGCUGGAAAAUGGGACCUUGGAAAUCUGCUCCUCUUCAACGGAGCUAAGAUUGGCUCACAAGAGGCCUUUUACCUAUAUGCUUGUGGACCCAACUACACAUCUAUAAUGCCAUGUAAAUAUGGCAAGCCAGUGAUUGACUAUUCCAGAUACAUUAAUAAAGAAAUUCUGCAAUGUGAACUAAUCAGAGAACUUUUUAUGACCAAGAAAGAUGUGGAUGUUGGUCUCUUAAUUGAAAGCCUUUCAGUUGUUUAUACAGCUUACUGUCCUACUCAGUACACAAUCUAUGAGCCUGUAAUUCGACUCAAAGGCCAAGUGAAAACUCAACUCUCUCAGAAACCUUUCAGCUCGAAGGAAGCCCAGAGUGUCUUGCUAGAACCUGCUCAGCUCAAGAGCCUCCGGCCUAUGGAAUGUAAAUCCAUCCAGGGCAUUCUGCACGAGAUUGGUGGGACUGGUAUAUUUGUUUUUCUCUUUGCUAGGGUUGUUGAACUCAGUGGCUGUGAAGAAACUCAAGCAUUAGCCCUCCGGGUUAUAUUGUCUUUAAUUAAGUACAACCAACAGAGAGUACAUGAAUUAGAAAACUGUAAUGGACUAUCUAUGAUUCAUCAAGUAUUGAUCAAACAAAAAUGCAUUGUUGGCUUUCACUUUUUGAAGACCCUUCUGGAAGGCUGCUGUGGUGAAGAGAUUAUCCACAUCAACGAAAAUGGGGAGUUUAAGUUGGAUGGAGAGUCUAAUGCUAUAAUCCAAGAUGUUAAACUGUUACAGGAACUGUUGCUUGACUGGAAGAUAUGGAAUAAAGCAGAGCAAGGUGUGUGGGAGACUCUCCUAGCAGCUCUGGAAGUCCUCAUCCGGGCAGAGCACCAGCAGCAGCAGUUCAAUAUUAAGCAGUUACUGAAAGCCCAAGUGGUCCGUCACUUCCUGCUGACUUGUCAGGUUUUGCAGGAACACAAAGAGGGGCAACUUACAACUAUGCCCCAAGAGGUCUGUAGAUCGUUUGUGAAAAUCAUUGCAGAAGUCCUUGGAUCUCCUCCAGACUUGGAAUUAUUGACAAUUAUCUUCAAUUUCCUUUUAGCAGUUCACCCUCCUACUAAUACUUAUGUCUGUCACAACCCCACAAACUUCUACUUCUCUUUGCACAUAGAUGGCAAGAUCUUGCAGGAGAAGGUGCAGUCGAUCAUAUACCUACGAUACUCCAGCAGUGGAGGGAGGUCUCUUCCCAGCCCUGAAUUUAUGGUAGUAAGCCCAUCUGACUUCACUGCAUCACCACCUGAAGGAACCAGUUCCUCCAGUAUUAUUCCACAGCGGAUGGGUGCCCACAUGGUACGAUCUAGAAGUCUACCAGCAUUUCCUACUUAUUUACCACUGAUGCAGGCACAAAAACUGCCUGGAAGAUUGGGUUGUAGUAUUGACAAGCUACAGAACAUUGCAGAUAGCCAACCAGAGAAGCAGAAUCCUUUGGGGAGUUCCGACACACUGAAAACUGGCAAAGAGGAUGCAUUCAUCAGUAGCUGUGAGUCUGCAAAAACUGUUUGUGAAAUGGAAGCUCUUCUCGCAGCACGGGCCUCUGCCAAUGAUGUCCCCAGAGAAGCACUGGGGUUUCCCAUGGCCAGAGUAGAUCAUAAAGACUUGGGAGUAGAGCCUAGAUCAGAUGAUGAAAGUCCUAGAGAUGAGUCCUUCCCACGUCGACCUGAUAACCUCAGGGGACUUGCCUCAUUCCAGCAAAGCCACAGCACUAUUGCAAGCCUUGGGCUCGCAUUUCCCUCGCAGAAUGGAUCCGCAGCUGCCAGCCGAUGGCCGAGUCUUGUUGAUAAGAAUGCUGAUGACUGGGAAAACUUUGCCUUUUCUCCUGGAUAUGAGUCAAACUACAGGCGAGCUGAAGGUGCUCACAGUGUCACUGAAGACUGCUUGGUGCCUAUCUGCUGUGGAUUUUAUGAACUCUUAAGUGGAGUCCUCCUUAUCCUGCCUGAUGUUAUGCUUGAAGAUGUGAUGGACAGGCUUAUUCAAGCGGAUACUCUCUUAGUUCUCGUUAACCACCCAUCACCAGCUAUCCAGCAAGGAGUGAUUAAACUAUUACACUCAUAUUUUAAUAGAGCAUCUAAGGAACAAAAGGAUAAGUUUCUGAAGAAUCACGGCUUUUCCUUGCUAGCCAACCAAUUGUAUCUUCAUCGAGGAACUCAGGAACUGUUAGACUGCUUCACUGAAAUGUUCUUUGGUCGCUGCAUUGGCCUUGAUGAAGAAUUUGAUCUGGAGGAUGUGAAGCAAAUGGGACUUUUUCAGAAGUGGGCUAUCAUUCCAGUUCUGGGACUAAUAGAGACCUCUCUCUAUGACAACAUCCUCUUGCAUAAUGCUCUGUUGCUGCUUCUUCAAGUUUUAAAUUCUUGUUCUAAAGUAGCGGACAUGUUGUUGGACAAUGGUCUGCUCUAUGUGUUAUGUAACACUGUAGCAGCUCUGAACGGAUUAGAAAAGAACAUUCCUUUGGGUGAAUACAAAUUGCUUGCAUGUGAUAUACAGCAACUUUUCAUAGCAGUUACGAUCCAUGCUUGCAGUUCAUCGGGCUCACAGUAUUUUAGAGUUAUUGAAGACCUUAUUGUACUCCUUGGAUAUCUUCAAAACAGCAAAAACAAGAGGACACAAAAUAUGGCUUUGGCCCUGCAGCUUAAAGUUCUCCAGGCUGCUAUGGAAUUUAUAAGGAGCACAGCCAAUCAUGAUUCUGAAAAUCCAACAGAUAUAGCCCAGUCACCUUCUGCUCCCCACCACUCAGUGGUUCAGAAGCGGAAAAGCAUUGCUGGUUCAAUUCCAAUGAAGGGUUCUGUUAUUCCUCAUCUACCAAGACGUCAUUUUGGUUCCUAUGGUCAGCUUCCGAUGCCCUUCUUCAGUCUCUUACAUCAGGACCCCUCCUCCCAGCUCUCUCCUGGAGCAGGUCCUCGAAAAUUCCCCAUGGCUCAAACAGAGUCUCUGCUGAUGAAGAUGCGUUCUGUGGCCAGUGAUGAACUGCACACUAUGAUGCAGAGGAGGAUGAGCCAGGAGCACCCAAGCCAGGCCUCGGAGGCAGAGCUUGCCCAGAGACUGCAGAGGCUUACCAUCUUGGCCAUGAACAGGAUCAUUUACCAAGAGUUGAAUUCAGAUAUCACUGAUAUUUUGAGAACUCCAGAAAAUGCAACUCAAGACAAGACCUCAGUUUCCCAGACUGAAAUUUCUGAAGAAAAUAUGCAUCAUGAGCAACCUCCUGUGUCUAAUCCAUUUCAGAAGGAAAUGCUCACAUACCUGGUAGAAGGAUUCAAAGUGUCUAUUGGUUCAAGUAAAACCAGUGGUUCUAAACAACAGUGGACUAAAAUCCUGGGGUCUUGUAAAGAAACCUUCCGAGUCCAGCUUGGGAGACUGCUAGCACAUAUUUUGUCACCAGUCCACACUGUACAAGAGAGAAAGCAAAUAUUUGAAAUAGUUCAUGAACCAGCUCAUCAAGACAUACUGCAAGACUGUCUCAGCCCAUCCCCACAACAUGGAGCCAAGUUGGUUUUGUAUUUGUCCGAGUUGAUACAUAAUCACCCAGAUGAGCUGAAUGAGGACGAACUGGGCACAGCUGAACUGCUGAUGAAUGCUUUAAAACUGUGUGGCCACAAGUGCAUCCCUCCCAGUGCUUCAUCCAAGCCAGAGCUCAUUAAAAUGAUCCAAGAGGAACAAAAGAAAUAUGAGAGUGAAGAGAGUCUGAGUAAAGCUGCCUGGCAGAAAACAGUUAAUAAUAACCAACAAAGUCUCUUUCAGCGGCUUGAUUUUAAAUCCAAGGAUAUAUCUAAAAUAGCUGCAGAUAUCACCCAGGCCGUAUCUCUCUCCCAAGGAAUUGAGAGAAAAAAGGUGAUCCAGCACAUCAGAGGGAUGUACAAAGUGGACCUGAGUGCCAGCAGACACUGGCAGGAACUCAUCCAGCAGCUGACACAUGAUAGAGCCGUCUGGUAUGACCCCAUCUACUAUCCAACUUCAUGGCAGUUGGAUCCCACAGAAGGGCCAAACCGAGAAAGGAGACGUUUGCAGAGAUGUUACUUAACUAUUCCAAAUAAGUAUCUCCUUAGAGACAGACAAAAGUUAGAAGGUGUGACUAAGCCACCACUCUCUUACCUAUUUGAAGAUAAAACUCAUUCUUCCUUCUCCUCUACCGUCAAAGACAAAGCUGCAAGUGAAUCCAUAAGAGUAAAUCGAAGAUGUAUCAGCGUUGCACCAUCUAGAGAGACAGCUGGUGAACUGUUGUUGGGUAAAUGUGGAAUGUAUUUUGUGGAAGACAAUGCUUCUGAUACAGUUGAAAGUUCGAGCCUUCAGGGUGAGUUAGAACCAGCAUCAUUUUCCUGGACAUAUGAGGAAAUCAAAGAAGUUCACAGGCGCUGGUGGCAGCUGAGAGAUAAUGCUGUAGAAAUUUUUUUAACAAACGGCAGAACACUCCUAUUAGCAUUUGACAACACUAAGGUUCGCGAUGAUGUGUACCAGAACAUUCUCACAAAUAACCUCCCAAAUCUUCUAGAGUAUGGCAACAUCACUGCUCUGACAAAUCUGUGGUACACUGGACAAAUUACCAAUUUUGAAUAUUUGACUCAUUUAAACAAGCAUGCUGGCCGAUCCUUCAAUGAUCUCAUGCAGUACCCCGUGUUCCCCUUCAUCCUCUCUGACUAUGUUAGUGAGACUCUCGACCUCAGUGAUCCAUUCAUCUAUAGAAAUCUCUCUAAGCCAAUAGCUGUGCAGUACAAAGAAAAAGAAGACCGCUACGUUGAUACAUACAAGUACUUGGAAGAAGAGUACCGAAAAGGGGCCCGGGAGGAUGACCCCAUGCCUCCUGUGCAGCCCUACCACUAUGGCUCCCACUACUCCAACAGUGGCACAGUGCUCCACUUCCUGGUCAGGAUGCCUCCUUUCACUAAAAUGUUUCUAGCUUACCAAGAUCAGAGUUUCGACAUUCCAGACAGAACUUUUCAUUCUACAAAUACAACUUGGCGCCUCUCGUCCUUUGAAUCCAUGACCGAUGUGAAGGAGCUGAUCCCAGAGUUUUUCUAUCUUCCUGAGUUCCUAGUUAACCGUGAAGGUUUUGACUUCGGUGUGCGUCAGAAUGGUGAACGGGUUAACCACGUCAACCUUCCUCCAUGGGCACGUAACGAUCCUCGUCUGUUCAUCCUUAUUCACCGACAGGCAUUAGAGUCUGACCACGUGUCCCAGAAUAUCUGUCACUGGAUUGACUUGGUGUUUGGGUACAAGCAAAAGGGAAAGGCUUCUGUUCAAGCCAUUAAUGUUUUCCAUCCAGCUACAUACUUUGGAAUGGAUGUCUCCGCAGUUGAAGAUCCAGUGCAGAGACGAGCUCUAGAAACCAUGAUAAAAACCUAUGGACAGACCCCUCGUCAGCUGUUCCACACAGCCCACACCAACAGACCUGGAGCCAAGCUCAACAUUGAAGGAGAACUUCCAGCAGCUGUUGGCUUAUUAGUGCAGUUUGCUUUCAGAGAGACUCGAGAACAAGUUAAAGAAAUAACUUAUCCGAGCCCUUUGUCAUGGAUCAAAGGCUUGAAGUGGGGGGAGUACGUAGGUUCCCCAAGUGCUCCAGUACCUGUGGUCUGCUUCAGCCAGCCCCAUGGAGAAAGAUUUGGUUCUCUCCAGGCAUUGCCCACCAGAGCCAUCUGUGGUUUAUCCCGAAACUUCUGUCUUCUGAUGACCUACAGCAAAGAGCAAGGUGUGAGAAGCAUGAACAGUACGGACAUUCAGUGGUCCGCUAUCCUGAGCUGGGGGUAUGCCGACAACAUCUUACGGCUGAAGAGUAAGCAGAGCGAGCCACCCAUCAACUUCAUACAGAGUUCCCAGCAGCACCAGGUGACCAGUUGUGCCUGGGUGCCUGACAGUUGCCAGCUCUUCACAGGGAGCAAGUGUGGUGUCAUCACAGCCUACAGCAACAGGCUCACCAGCUGCAUGCCCUCAGAGAUAGAAAUGGAGACUCAGAUGCAUCUCUACGGACAUACAGAAGAGAUAACCAGCUUGUGUGUCUGCAAGCCAUACAGUGUGAUGAUAAGUGUGAGCAGAGACGGGACUUGCAUCGUGUGGGACCUCAACAGGCUAUGCUAUGUACAAAGUCUGGCAGGACACAAAAGCCCUGUGACAGCUGUCUCUGCCAGUGAGACGUCAGGUGACAUUGCCACUGUGUGUGAUUCAGCUGGCGGAGGCAGUGACCUGAGACUCUGGACAGUGAAUGGGGACCUCGUUGGACAUGUCCACUGCAGAGAGAUCAUUUGCUCUGUGGCUUUCUCCAACCAACCUGAGGGAGUGUCCGUCAAUGUCAUUGCUGGGGGACUGGAAAAUGGCGUUGUACGAUUGUGGAGCACCUGGGAUUUGAAGCCUGUGAGAGAAAUUACAUUUCCCAAGUCAAAUAAGCCUAUUGUAAGCCUCACGUUCUCUUGUGACGGCCACCACCUGUACACAGCCAACAGCGAAGGCACGGUGAUUGCCUGGUGUCGGAAGGACCAGCAGCGCAUGAAGCAGCCCAUGUUCUACUCCUUCCUCAGCAGCUAUGCGGCGGGGUGAGCAGAGGAACAGCCUCGCAGAGCACCGCAGCACCACACUGGAGGCCUUGGCUUCAGCCCUUUGGAAACGGAUGACUGAGCAGACACCCGGUAACAACAGUGCCGUUCCCUGCACACACUUUACAGCCUCCUGGGUCCCAGAGAAAAGCCCUGCCUGCCCUCCUUCAAGUGAUGAUGUGGACGGCUGGGUCAGCAUACCAGCCACCAAGCUUCAAGUCUCAUGGGGCAAAAUACAGUCAAAAUCUUAGUGCUAUUUCCCAAGAAGGUAUUCUGAAGAAAAGUUUAGUGUUCCUCUUUUCCUUCAAAAGAAAGUGAAGCAUUUAAAUUGACAAAUUGUUUAUGUAAAGUACUAAAAAUUAUAUCCUAAAAGUUUCUGCCCUGGUGUAUCCCACACAUAUACCCCCCCAAAAGGAAAGAACAUUUCAGGACUCAAUAAUUGCUUCCUUUAAGAAGCAAAUUAUUCAGUAGGUGCUCUGCACCAAAUACUUCAUGGAAAAUCUGAGUACUACAAUUGAACAUCUACUGCGUCCCAACAUAAGGCAGUUUUUGUCAGUUGCCUUCUCAGCUCAAAGGAGAACUAGAAUGUUCUGACAGCCAUAAGGAAGAAUGCAGGUACUUGUGAUCUCAUACACAUCCUGUUUGUUCACGGAGAUUUUGAUUAAGAUCCACAACACUAGAUACUGAAUAUCCUUGGUUGAGAGACUAAUGUUUAAGCAUAAUGGUAAAAUUCUAGUGUCUGCCAUUGCAAUGCUGUCUUAGGAAACACUGAAUAGAAUUUGCACUAGAAAACUCUGCUUGGUGUUAACAGAGGCAAAACAGCUCAGCCAGUCCACAGGGAGAGUGCUAUACCCUGAAACAGCUGUGAAAGUGAAGGCAGCUUGUGGGUGCGGACAGAAGGCAGAGCUACGCCUUCUUUCUAGGAAACCUGUUUCACUCAUUCCUGCUACCCUGAAAAUCCUAGGGACAGUGGGAAAGCUCAGCGUGAGCCAUCACAUACACAAGGAAAGCUCUGGAAUUGUCUCUGCUGCACAGGGACAGCUGGAUUUUAACUUGAGGUGCUUCUUCAGGGGCUUAGAGAUCUGUCACCUCGGAUUGAAGCAUGUACUGCUGCCUCACUGCAUCAGUCAUGGAGAUUAGUUCACAGUGUUUACAGAGCACUUUCGUAACUUCCAGACUGUCUAAACAUUCUGCUGAAAACUAUAAAAUGCAAUUCCAGCCUUUCUGCUCUGGGGACAGGAACAGGGAGAGCUGGAGCCUCACAGGCUCUUGACCUGACCUUGGCAUCUUUAGAUCGAGUUGACAUGGGCCACAUGUUACUCCUGGGGUCCACUUGAGGCAAAGAUAACUUACUUCUACUCACAUUGAAGUGACCAGCUUUGUCUGGCUUCCAGUUUUUACUGAGAACUUCCAGUUAGUCUCCUAGGAUAGGGAUGCUAUGCAGUCUUGUUUUUUAAGGGCCGAAUUUCAUCAUUUAUCUGAAGAGAAAAUAUGCAAACUAUUUGGUCUUGUUAAGAGUGCAAUAUUCUAUUUUUAUGUAAAAAUGAAAAUUAAUUGGGAUUAUUUAUUGAGCAUGAAACCCAGUAUGUAUAUGUUGGAAACACUUCCUAACAUGCAUGUUGUAGCAAACAUUCCUGUAAACCAUCACAUGCUCUAUUAUCUUUGUAUACACUGCCACUUCAGUUUGGAAAUAAAUUUCAUAAAAGUAGAUUUAAA